AUGCAAUUGGAGGCGUGCGUGCACGUGUGCUGCUUUCCCGGAGGUUACCAACCCACGCACCGGCUAGCCGACCUGGCCUCGACUAGUGAAGCUGGUUCGUUUGCCUCGCGAGUGUACAUGACGUACGGUGUGCAUCCACACUCGGCAUCGCAGUACGACGACGCGCUGGAGAAGGAAAUCGAACAGGCCAUGAGCCACCCGCGCACCGUGGCCUGGGGAGAGUGCGGACUGGACUUCUUCAAGAACUUGUCAGAGCAAGAGGUCCAGAAGGCGGUCUUUGCUCGUCAGCUCCAGAAGGCUGUGGAGCACAAUAAGCCGCUCGUCAUCCACUCACGUGACGCUGAAGCGGACACAUUGCGACUCUUGAAAGAGCACGUGCCUACCGAGUGGAAGAUCCACAUGCACUGCUUCGGCGAGUCCCCGGAGAUGGCCGCCGAGCUGCUGGCCCUCUAUCCCAACGUCUACUUUGGCUUCACUGGCGCGAUCACGUUCGCCAAGGCCGGACGGGCGCCCGAGGUAGUCAAGAUGGUGCCUCUCAAUAGGCUGCUUCUCGAAACCGAUUGCCCAUUCAUGGCGCCCGAGCCGCACCGAGGAAAAGUGGCCCAGCCGGCAAUGACUCCCCUCGUCGCUAAGAAGGUGGCCGAACUCAAGGAGAUCUCACUUGCCGAGGUCAUCCGGGCCACCACCGAGAACGCGCGGACCGUCUACUCUCUGCCCAAGAGGGAAUGA